AAAUCAUUUUCCUUUUGUUGCAGGUGGUAGUCCAUGAUAUAUUUCAGUAAAUAAGGUGACUUGGCUUGAAGUUACAAGGCAAUAUUUAGGCCUGUUCAGUUCAGCCAGUAUAGACAGUAUAGUCAUUGGAGGGAGGACUUUGGAGGAGACAUCAUCAGCACCACAUCACCAUGAGUGUGAUCAUCCGACUGCAGAACUUGCCUUGGGCAGCAAAUGCCCUAGACAUCCGUCAGUAUUUCCGAGGACUUUCAAUCCCAGAAGGAGGAGUUCAUAUAGUUGGUGGAGAACAAGGCGAUGCUUUCAUUGCAUUCAGCACCGAUGAGGACGCACGUCAGGCGAUGAUGAUGGACGGAGGGAAAAUAAAAGAAGUGUGCGUCCGCCUCUUGUUGAGCAGUCGAACCGAGAUGCAAAAGGUGAUCGAGAUGGCGCGCUCCCAGAGCAUGGUGUUGCAAGGAAUGGUCCCACCGGCGCCUGCACCCCCACCCAUCAUCCCCACCAUCCCUCUUCAGCCCAAUAAUCCGAUCCAGAUGUCCUUCCCAGCGAUGCCCACGCAGAUGUCCAUGUCGAUGACGGCGACGCCUGGAAAUCUCGCGAUUCAACCUGCACUGAACGCUCAGAAGACAGAUCCCCUGCUACCGAAUGCAGACAACAGAUCUGCGGACAGAAAGGAUCGGGACAGGGACAGGGAUCGGAAGGAUCGAGACCGAGACAAAGACAGGAAUCGUGGAGAUCGGGAUCGGCGGCCUCGCGAUGUCGAUAGAAAUCGAAACCGAGAUAGAAAUCGGGAUAAGGACCGGAAAAGUCGAAGCCGAAGCAAGGAGCGUAGACGAAGAACCCGAUCCCAAUCGCGAGAUCGAGUUCGGGACCGACGAGACCGAGACCGUGAUCGCGACAGGAAUAGAGAUCGCGAUCGUGAUGCAAAGGGGAACUCAAGUCGAGAUACGUCUCAAACCCGAGACCGAAUCACUACACCGCGUCCUGAUGGUCCUGCAGUGGGUGGGGGUCUCCUCCCCAUACCAGAGAUACCAAAGAGGGAAAUCGAACCGUGGGACCGAGGAGCACGGAGACGACGAUGGGACGGAGACGAUGCAUUGGGCCAGGGAAAUCCAGAGCAGCAACCGAUGGAAGAUCCCGGCAGACCCUGGUCGUGGAAUAACGGUCGGGUCCCCCAAGGCAUGGAUGCGGACAUUGACGAUUACCCACCGGUCAGAGGCGGAGGAAGAGGGCCAAGACCCGGGAAUCCCGUCCGGCAGCCUCUGCUUCAGACUCCUGGAGUAAUGGACGGUCAACACCCCCGUCUUGCCAUGGAAGAAAUGCCUGCUCCCAACACGUGCAUCGAGAUUCGGAACUGUCCUCUAGAUCUCACUCAUCGGGACCUACGCGAGUUCUUUUCUGGGCUCAGAGUCGCCGACAUCAAGAUCAUCAACGACAACGCUGGGAAGAGAACUGGGAUUGCGUACGUCCGAUUCAUGAAAUUGGAAGACAAGGACAUGGCCGAGGGGAAGUCAGGGGAGAUCUUAAAAGACAGUCGCCUGGAGAUCUUGCACCUUCCCGAUGACAUCUUCGACAGGGCCAUGGACAUGAACAGCCCCAAGAACGAUCCCUAUCUUCAGCGUUCGGGAGGACCUAUGUAUGACGACCUGGAUACGAAUGUCCUCAAGCUCAUCGGAGUGCCAGUCGGAUGUGUCGAAGCCGACGUUUUCGAGUUCUUCAGAGAUUUCAACGUCGUGGACGUGAUCGUGGACGUAGACAGGCGAGGCCAGUCCACCGGGCUCGCAUUUGCACUGUUCAGAACCCCCAUCGAAGCCAAGGAAGCUUUUCGCAGCCUGAGGCGAGAAUACUUCCAGGAGAGAUCCAUCCGCCUGGAUUUUGGUAGCACCAGCGAGAUGACACGAUGCAGAGCGCGACAAGGGGGUGACGACAUCAUGCCUCACGACAUCAUUCACAUUCGGGGACUCCCGCCGAAGAUCUCCGUCCGGGAGGUUGCCAGGAUCCUGGGUCGUCUCCCCAUGGAUCUGGGCAGGAUCUUCAUCAUCAAUCUGGGCAACGUGAGCGAGGCCAUCAUUGAUGGCGUGCGGCCCUAUGAUGUCCCUCUUUUUCUGGAACUCAACGGAGUCAUCAUCCAUGAAUUUCCGUUAAGGGUGAACCAGAUCGACCCGACAACGAAAGAUGAGAUUUUGAUGCAGUCUCGAGGAGGGAACAGAGUCGACGAAGAUGGAUUCAUGCCCAGAGGCAGUGAUAUGCUACCCAAUCCCCGUCCUUACGGCAUGGGGAUGAUGAGACCCCGAUUUGGAGGACCCAUGGGGAUGGGGGCUCCCCGAGGUUCCAGACCUCUCUUGGGCAUGAGACACCCACGAAUGUUUAUGGGAUCCCGUGGUGGGUUCAUGGGUCCUCGGGGUGGACCCAUGAACAUGCAUCCCAGGUUCUCCGGGACACCCCAGGGUCCGGGCUCUACCGGAGGACCCCCCUCGGAUGGGAAUGAGGAAGAUGGGAGCAUGCUUUCCAGCUUUGGUAACCCUGGUUGUGUGGUGGGCAUGGAGAACGUCCCCUACCGAGCCGGAGUCGAAGACAUCCUCGACUUCUUCAAGGACUACAAGGUGCACAAAGACAAUGUGAUUCGCCGUUACGACGAAGAUGGGAAGCCGACAGCGGAGGCUCGGGUGGCAUUCGAGACUCCCGCUGACGCCCAGGCCGCUGUCGAAGCCCUAAACGAACAGCAAAUGCAAGGCCGAGCUAUCUAUCUCGCCAUCAUCUGAUUUGUUUCUUUUUUUUUCCGUUCUUCAUCCCUAUUGUAUAUCUGUCAUUGAAAUGUCGCCAUUUUGUUUAUGUUCAUGCACUUCAUUUGCUCCACUGCUGAAUAAAAUAUUUGUUUUUGUUGUGUAGAAA